AUGCAGCAAACAAACAUUAAAAUCAUUCCUAAUACAAUUCCCAGAUACUCCCGUGAUGAGAUAAUCGGUGAAGUGGUAUCACCACUGUCGACCCUGCAGCUGCAGAGCGGCGAGGCCAUGGCUCUGUGCCGCGAGAUCCAACCGCGCAGUCUCAAGAUGCGCAGCGUAGGUCGCGGCGAGGUGCUGGUGUCGCUGUGCUGGCAGCCGGCCGCCGCCCGCCUCACCGUCGUGCUUCUUAAAGCGCGCAACUUGCCCAAGAUGGACGUCACCGGACUAGCUGAUCCCUACGUGAAAAUGUACCUGCUGUACAACGGGCAGCGCAUCGCGAAGAAGAAGACUCACGUGAAGAAGCGCACGCUGAACCCGGUGUUCAACGAGUCGUUCGUGUUCGAGGUGCCGGCCGCACCCAACGCCUCGCUCGACCACGUGUCGCUGGAGCUGCUCGUGCUGGACUGGGACCGGGUCACUAAGAAUGAGGUGAUCGGUCGCCUGGAGCUGGGCGCGGGCGGCGCGGGCAGCGCGCGGCACCACUGGCGCGAGGUGCAGGCCGCGCCGCGCCGGCAGAUCGCGGACUGGCACAAGCUCAAGGAGUGAACACCAUCACCACGCUGCAGUACAUCCCACCAGGGAAAACUCUACUCUAUCACAAGGAUGUAGAGUCUUAUCUGGCGAAGUGAAUUAACUCUACCUUUCCUAAUAUUGCAUAGCCAUCUCGGUUAUUCUUUGAACCCCACUUUUACGUAGAUCCAAGGCAAGACAUAUACCAUUCUUCUAGGGGUGUAUCAUGUUUUGAUGCUGUUUGAAUAUCUCAACGAACGAGAAAUACUUUAAAAUAAAGUAAAUAUGUAUCUUCAAAGAAAUGGCUCAUGAAUAAAAUGCUAUGCAAUAUUAAGCAAGGAUCAAACAUUCCCCUAUCAUCCUACAUGUUUUAUUUGUUAAUAACCAACAAAUGUGAUUUCUUUGUGUUCAGCAGACUGACUCAGUAUACCAGUUCACUCAGUCUGCUCAACUCAAAGCGUAGUAUCCUAUCCUCAAACGCUCACUGGAAUUCCAUUUAAUUUGGUGUAGAAUGUAUUAAUUUAUUUUUUGUCAAAAAGACCUCAAAAGGCAAUGUAUUAAAUAGAUUUAUUUUAAACAAUGACUGGCCAGGAACAAAUCUAUGAGCUUGCAGUCAUAUUUGUGUAGUAGCACUUCUUGACACGGACAGUAGCAAAAAUUAACAUCCAGCACUUUUAAGUAGACAAAUAAAAUAUCUGCAAACGUUGAUGAAUCAAAAAUGAUCAAAACGCUCAAAUGUAUAGAAGCGACAUUUCUUUAACUCUUCUGACUUUGACAUGUCACUUCCAUACAUUGGAAAGAUGCGAAGAACAUUAAAGAUGGUAAAAAUUACAUUUGUCUUCGGGGAUCGGGUAAGCUCAUAGUUCGGCCGUCAUAAUACUGGGGUUAAUUUAUUGUAUUCUUCACUUAUUAUUAUCGCACGGUAUCGAUAGGAGUAGGAAGGCAAAGCCAAAGUCCAGCGGAGGUAACGAACGUGUUUGUUUUAGAAUUAAUUUGUAAACUAAAAUGAUAUUGUAUAUUAGAUAGACGAAAUUAUUUGGAAUUUAUUCGCGUAACCCUUGAAACGCACAGCGUCCCCCAGCAUCCCCUUCCCACCCUGAGUUACAUUAUAUUGUCAAGUAGGAAAAGGAACCAUACACCAUGUCCUCUAGUAAGACUUGCGAUUGUGGAAAAGAGACGUCGCUCCACGCCGUGUAUUACACUGUCUUGUUCCCACAACUGAAAGUCUUUCUAUAAGAGGUAAUGGUGGGUUUCUAGAAAUGUUUAUCAGUUUGAUAAAAUGUAGACAAAUUAUUUCUGAAACGGGAAUGUUGCGGUCGAAACUAGAUUCAUGGAUUUGCAUUUCACUGACGUUUACCAUAACCAUAGUUGUCUAUGAUUAUAGAUCUUUUGUCGAAAAGAAAAUACUAAAUAACAAUGCUCAAAACUAAAAGAUUUAGUAUUAGCUAACGACCGAUAGUUAUUAGAACUAAACACUCCCGUUUUAUUAAAUAAUUAUCUGCAUACCUUAAUAUAAGACACUUGAUGUAAUGGAAUUCUCGUUAUUCACAUACAUAAUGUCAGAAAAAAUAAUUAAACACCAAGUAUAUAUUUCUGAAAAGUCGAUCAAAAAAUUUUAACCUGGGUUGAACAAAACUAUCGAAUAAAAUUGAAAUCUUAAUAAAGUUCCAAAGCGUGUACAGACAAGCAAAUCUAUGUAAGCACUGGUAAAUUAUUCUGCUGUAAAAAUGUCGCCACAUACAAUCGAUUGAGUGAAAGUAUUUGCAUUUUGUGAAUCACGAAUGACUACACAAUUCAUGACGGAUAGGAGUUUGAAAAUAACCGAAACACAGUUUGAAUAAAAAACCGUUGACAUUACCAUAUUACAUAGGCACUAGGUAUAUGUGACAUUUGUCAGCAACUAUAAUAAGAUCUUUAUGUAGUUACCUAUUUAGGCUGUGUACCUAGUAGCCUACAUCAUCACCGAGCAACACUGGCAGAAAGCAAUAGUCAAAAUACGAUGUAUUUAUAAAAUUAUUAAAAUUUUGUAGUUGUCAGUGUAUCCAACCCUAUUCGUGCUUCACAGCAUUCGCAGGGUUGGAGAUAGAAUACUCAUUGGUAUCAACUAGUACAUAAUAUGUAUAGUUUAUAGGUUAGAAAAAUAAAUCUAUUUUAUACCUAAAGUUACUUUGAUAGUUGUUUAGGUAUGUGUAAGCUCAGGACGAAGCUUCGAGCUUUAUGUCACGUAAUGUACUCUCAUAGUGUCGCUGUGUCAACAUAGAUGGCGCUUUCACUAAUGAUCUCACUUCAUAAUAAAUAUUUUUGAAAUCGUCGGACUUAAUGUAGCAAAUAUAUAUAAUUUAUAACCAGUAAUGUACUUAUGAUAUCUCAAAAAUUGUAGUGACAAUAUACGAAUUACAAAUACCUUAAGAGUACCCAUCACGUGUACAGUCACUCGCAAUGUAUCCUGAUAUUAAAUCACUGUUAACUUAGUUCAUAACUUCGUUGUCGUAGUGAGUCGUGGAAUUAAAGCGUAUCUAGUCAUAUGUUACAAAUUGAUGUCGCUGUACUUUUUGUUUAAUUAAAAUGUAAUUAAGUAUUAACUCCAUACUUUGAAACAUUCCAAAGUAAAUAUGUAAAUAGUCAUCGCUUGGAUCAUCGAUAAAACGCUUUCUCAUUCUAAUUGUUAAAAUAAGAAAUUAUAAUUAGAUGUAAGUACCUACUUUACUGUCACUAAAUGUUUCUGAUUUAAUCUCAUGUGUUUGUAUUUAACGCUGUUUCAAAACUGUCACUGAGGACUCACUGCUGCUUAGACCUAUGUACCUGCGAACAAAAUGUCUACUUACAACUAAAAAAGAAAAUUACUGUCUUACGUGCGUGCCCUAAUACUCCUUAUCAAAUGGGACGAAAGAUAAAAAAAAACAGUCUUAAGUGUAGUCAGUGUCAGUUUCUUGUUACAGUGUAUUUUCAUAAUUGUUCAUGUGUAGUAGAUGAAAAUAUAAUUCAUUCGCAACUGGUUUUUACCGCUAAAGAUUUAAGGUCUGUUUUAUUACUAGGAUAAGCUGUAAGUAAGUGGUAAAGAAGGAAGGUGUGAUUUGAAGUAAGCAAUGAAACAGACCGUAAGCCUGAUAAGACUCCAUUUUGGCACGACAUUAAAAAAACCUUGCAUCAAAAAAUAUCUUCAGCCAUUUUUAACAAUGUUUGAAAUUGAAAAGCUUUAAAUUCUGGCUCAUUGCAAAUGAUGCACCGACCAUAAAUAUUCUUUCGGCUGUCAUAGCCGCCAUUUUAAUUUUUAUAAUGUCUUGUCAAAACCGGGUUGACUUACCCAGAAUAUGUACCAGCACUAGUAGUGUAUAGGCCACGUCAUCCACUUCACAAAUAUCAGAUUUGUAUACUAAGGGAAUUUUAGUGAAUAAAAUUUAUUGACUGGUGCUUUCACAAUAAUUGUUCGUUUUAUUUCCCCUGGCGUUUAUAUCCCUUCAAUCGUUCAAUAAUAGAUUAGAAGAUUUUAAUAGAUAAGAAGCCAGGACAGGAGGUUCUGUGUACAUGAGAAACGUUUUUAUUCACUUAAUAGAAAGCAGAUUAUUAUACUCGUAUUUCGCCCAAUCCAGUUAGUCGUACCUAUAUUAAUGUCAAGUCGUAUCUACUAAGUUACAAAUGGAAAGUCGACUUUGCUAUGUAUCUCAGGUCGCUACAAAUAUCAACUCGUUGCAGUACGAUUAUCGAGCAGAAUAUGCUACGUACGAAUUCCAAAUCCAACGUCUGGUUUGCAACAAGUAUUAACUCAAGUAGGUAUGCUGCACAUGCGAAGUCGAAUCUUGAAAGUCCGUUUUGUCCAAAAUAUCGAAUGACCUACGAGCUAUUUUAAGUUGACCGUAUCACACAUGUCUAGUCAAUUGAGCUGAGGAUGCCAAGCCCAAUAUCGGGUUGACUACGAAUGUUAACUCGACUUUGCUACAAAUGUUAAGUUGCAUACGCAUGUGAUACGAAUUUGUAAUCGUUUUAGCUACGAAUCGGAUCGAUCAAAUCGGUUAACUUUCAUAUACCAGCGCCAUCUCUGUUUUGGUUUUGAUACUUUAACCUUGACGAUUCGUUUGUUGUAUUGUCAUAUUUGACUUACCAAUACCAAUACUUUACUACCUACACAUCGCCGCAAUAGGAUGAAGAAAGUCCAUGGGGGUUUAGUAGGAGCGAAAAAAAUAUAGCUAAAAUAAUAACAACAGAACUCUUAUCAAUUGUAUAUUUGAUAUCAAAUCUUAUUACAUAUAACACAGCUUAACAAAAACUAUUACAUACAAGUUGUCACGGCUCUCCCUCUCAAGUGCACCUUGAGGCAUAACGUGAGAAGCCUUAGAUCAGUAAAUGUCAUGUACGUGCUUAUUGUGCUCAGUACUUUAGAAUUAUAGUUGUGGCGGUCUUGGAAUUAGAUUGGAAUUCGUUAAAAACAAUCAGCUGAUAGGGAAACUUACUUAAUUAACAAAACAAAUGAAGAAUAUAGGCUAGUAGACAACUUAGCACUGAUUGAAUGCCUUAAAUGAUAGAUUUGUUGAACAAAUGUCACGAGUUUAAAUUGUUAAUAUAAUCUGACCAAUUCGAUUAAUAUAAGUGCUCGGAAAAGUGUUACUUGUCUACAGGCAGAAA